ACUACUACGACUACGAUAAAGGCCACCGCCACCCUCCAAUAAUCCGUCAUGGCACGCACGCAGCUCGUCUUCGUCCUCGCCCUCCUCCUCGUCGCCGUCGUCGCCUAUGCCUCCGCCGACUCAGCCCCCGCCGCCUCCCCGUCUGGCUCCGCCAUGCUCAGCGUCCUGACUCCGAUCGCCACCUCGCCCCUACCAGCCGACGCCGACUCUCCUUCUGGCGAUGUCGACGACAGCGACGCCGGCGGCGUCGGUGCUCCACUCGGGACCACCACGACCAAGCCGGAGGGCGAGACCAAAAGCGGCGCCUCCCUCAAUGGUGUGGCCUCUGCGGCUGUCGUCGCAGCCAUCUCCGGUUCUGCCUACUUCAUGUUCUGAGCAGACAAUAAAUUCUUCUUCCGUUCUGCAAUGCAUCAAACUACUGUUCAUUGCAGAAUAGUUUAAUGUAUUCUGUCAAAUGGAGGCAACGAAGAAAAAUUAUAUUCCA